AUGGCCUCUCUUUUCGCCCUACUCUCGCAGAACAAUAGAAACCUGCAGACGAGGAAGGGAUUGAUACUACUCGGACUGCAAAACGACUUCAUAUCUCCUGAUGGAAAGCUGCCUGUGCCGGAUACCGACUUCCUCAAAUCGAUCACUGAACUGGUUCCGGCAUUCCGCGAGUUCGGCGAUGUGAUUUGGGUUCGAUCCGAGUUUGCGACGACUCGGCCUGUACAUGCUGCCGAUACCAAUGGCGAUGUUGUGAUCGCAGGAGGCUCGUCUGGUAUGGAUCCGGCUUUGGAGUACUCUGAUGAUGAAGAAACGGCAGUUCAAAGCGAUCUCAAGACUCGCAAGACGGCACACUCUCCAACAAACACCGAAGUCAAGGACGAAGAGGACGACGAGGAGCUGUUUCUUAGUCGCACGACCACUCGUGAGCCAUGCUGCAUCCGAGGAAGUCGCGGAGCCGAGUACUGCGAUGAAGUCAAGGCCUUAAUAAAGAAAGGCAAAGAUCUGGAAGUGACAAAGUCUCACUACUCGGCAUUCGGUUCGACAUCGCUGCUCAUGACAUUACGUUCCAAGCUCAUCACAGAGCUGUACGUGUGCGGAUGUAUCACGAACUUGUCCGUGUAUGCUUCUGCCAUGGAUGCCGCACGUUAUGGCAUCAAGAUUACGCUCAUCGACGACUGUCUUGGAUAUCGCAAACAGGAUCGACAUGACUCGGCCGUCAAACAGCUGAAAGAUUUCAUGGAGGCCAGAACGAUGAGAUGGCAGACAGUGCUUGAUCGUCUUCGCAAUCCAUCCGACGAUGCGGACGGCAGCGAGUAUAGCUACGAAGAGGCCAGCGAAGCAUCGGAUGACAUGGAACAGAUGCCGACCGCAGGACCAAGACCUGGUGAAAUGACUGCACUUGAAGCAGACAGUGAAGAUAGCGACGAAGAGGUACAGCCUUCCAUUUCUCCAUUGGUCCACAGGCACAGCCUCGAGCUGCGGUACCUGUCUAAGAAUUCUGGCUCACAUUUGAUACCAGCAGCCGGCCGACCCCGCAAGUCUCUUGAUGAGCCUUCGCAACUUUCGAGCUCCCGCCGUACCUCUACCGCCAAAGAAAGCCGCAAUGGACAAGGAGCUGAAAAUCGCAAAUCCAAUCGUCCAUCAGUCACCAGUACCGGCAAGUUGAGAGCGCAUGACUCACCACGCCAUAAAAAGCAGCCUGGUCCAAAUUUGAAGCCCCAAGCGACGCUGAAUACUCAGUCUGCUUAUGACACGGCACCGAAAUCAUCUGGUCUGAAGAAGCGCCCUGACCUGGCUGCACUACCCGCUGUCGCCAACUUGAGUCCGUCUGAUAUAACAGGCUACGGAACUAUGGCUCAAGCAGCAGAGACUCAAGAGGAGAGUUCGCCACCCUUGGCGCAUACUCGUGCAACCAAGGAUAGACCGCUACUGGGAGAUGACAUGGAGAGAGAGAGUGCUGGAUCUCGAAUCCGGUACGACCUGCUUCCAGAACACAUUUCGCGAAUUAUGUUCCAUGAGCUGGAGAGGGAAGUGGACUGGCAAAAGAUGUACCAUCAAGCCGGCGAGGUGCCCCGUUUGGUCUGUUGUCAAGGUUCUGUCGGAAACGAUGGAAGCAUGCCAGUGUACCGACACCCAUCGGACCAGAGUGUACCCCUACAACCUUGGACAACCAACGUCGAUCUCGUCCGAAAAGCGGCGGAAAAGAUCGUCGGUCAUCCUCUCAACCAUGUCCUGAUUCAGCUAUAUCGCAAUGGAAACGACUACAUCUCGGAACACUCCGAUAAGACACUGGACGUCGCACCUAGAAGCAAUAUCGUCAACGUAUCGUUCGGCGCGCAAAGAACGAUGCGACUACGAACCAAACGCCGCGCUCUUACAAGCGAACCAAAACCACCGGAACGGAGCACCUACCGCAUCCCGAUGCCCCACAACUCGAUGCUCACCAUGUCCCUCGCCACAAACGCUCAGUACCUCCACGGCAUCAAAGCCGACAAGCGACCUCGCUGCGAGCUGGUAGAAGAAGAGAAGGCGUACAAUGGUCAGCGUAUUAGUCUCACGUUUCGACACAUUGCCACCUUUAUCAACGAGGACUCGAGUAGGAUCUGGGGACAAGGAGCGAUUGGCAAGACGAGAAAGACUGCGCGGUCGGUAAUCAACGGUGACCCGGCCGAGAGUGAGAGGAUGGUCAGGGCUUUUGCGGCGGAGAAUCAGGCUUCGAGUAUCCGGUGGGAAGGGACGUAUGGAGAUGGGUUUGAUGUCUUGCAUUUGAAAAGCGCGGGUUGA